AAUUUUUGACCUAUUAUUUCUAGCAGAACUUAAAAUAGUAAAGUGAAACAUAAGGUAAUUCGGUGCAAAUAUUCGUGGAAUGAGGCGAAAUUUCUGAAAUCAGACGAAAAAGAUAAAAUGCAAUUCAAAAAGAUGGCGAUUAAUUGUUCUAAAGUGGACGUAGAAAUGAAAUCACAAAGAUAUGGAAGGCGAGAAAUAUUGUAUUGCAAUUCGCCAGAAUAAGUAUUAUCCCACAACGCGUCGUUUCUCUUCCUUGUUUCCUGUAAUACCUCUUUGAAAUUUCGCUCAACUAAUUUGUGAAAUUGAUAUGCCAUGUUUGCCAACCGCAGUAUGGUAGUUUUAUCAACAUAACCACAACAAACGCUUAUUCGCAAAGCCCACGAGUAUUUAAGACACUCAGUAAAUCAUUUAUUGCGCAAUUGCACUUCUCCAGUUUUUAGUAAAUCUUAAAUUUGACCUCAUGUCCAACAAAUUCGAAGCGCUGAAAACGAGUGAUGACAGUGGUGAGGAUGAAAAUUGCUCAAAAGACUUACAAAAAAUUGAAAAAGAUGCCUUAACACCUCUUACAAUUCCUCCUGGAGACCACAAAUUGCAAUAUGAGUACUGGUUGUGGUUUAGUCAUCGAUCUCCUGGCAAGCAAGCCUCAGUUCAGAAUUAUGACCAGAAUUUAAAGCUCAUUGGGCGCUUUGCAUCUGUGGAGCAGUUUUGGGCAAUAUAUAGUCAUCUUGCAAGACCUUCAGAAUUACAGAGUCACAGUGACUUCCAUUUAUUUAAAGUCGGAAUUAAACCCAUGUGGGAGGACACUGCUAAUCAGCGUGGAGGAAAAUGGAUUGUGCGUUUGAGAAAAGGAUUAGCUUCCAGAUGUUGGGAAAAUUUAGUUCUAGCAAUGUUGGGGGAACAAUUUAUGGUUGGGGAAGAAAUUUGCGGUGCAGUAGUGUCUAUAAGGUUUCAGGAAGACAUUAUAUCAGUUUGGAAUAAAACGGCUCAAGAUGCAGGAACUACAGCACGAAUACGGGACACAUUGCGACGUGUGUUGAACCUCCCUCCAAACACUAUUUUAGAAUACAAGACCCAUAUCGAUAGUUUAAAAGCUUGGAAAGCUGUUCCUUCGACCAACAACUGAAGCAUGUUGCUGACAUCAUGUUUGAGCAUUGUUGCAAGUAUGCCUUGUGAAAGAGAAAAUUGAAACUAAUCAUCUAAGAAAAUUUAUAUCUCUAACACCAGUAUUGUUCUACAAUUACUUCUUGAAAGAUUUUUAAGUGCUGAAAGUAUUUUUGAAAGAAAAGUUAAUAAAAUGUCAUAUUAAGUUACACUGGAUCUGGCUUUUAGUUGCCUGACCAGAGAAACUAAACAUUAUGUACAUGUUAUAAUAUACUGAAGUUUUGUCCUCACCUUGAGAAGUAUUACAUUACAGAAGAAUAUAUUAUUACUCAUGCAAGCCCUUCUUUUCAGAGACAACUCCAGCUUCAGAAACACUGACGUUUUUACAAGAUAGCAUAGUGCACCAAUUCUCAUAUUUGAUAUGAGAAGCAAUGCAACAAAAGGAAUACUUUACCCCAAGUUAACUUUCUUUUGUAUAAUUUUAACUUAUUUUUAAAGAUGUUUAUAGAAAUGGGAAUCCAUUCCUGAGUUGUACAAAUGUACUAGGAUGUAAUUGUUAUGUUGACUGAAAAUAAAGAGAGAAUUGGUGAUUUGUAUAAAAAAUCUCAUUUAAUCCCAGACAUUGGCUAUUGAAAAAAACGCGUUAAAGCAAGACAUUAAAAAUACCCAGAUGAGAGAAUUGAU